ACUGGCAAGGGCGGCGGCAGGCGCUGAGGAGGCCGGAGGGCAGGUGGACCGGCGGCGGGCAGGGGCGGCCCCGCGGCCCCUUUACAAUUCACUUUCUUCCCAUCCACCUUCUCAGGGCGGCGGCGGCGGGCGGCGCGAUGGACCUGGCCGGGCUCCUGCUGGACGAAGAAGGCACCUUCUCCCUCACCGGCUUCCAGGACUUUUCGUUCCUCCCAGGACACCAGAAGUUGAGUGCCAGGAUCCGGAGAAGACUUUACUAUGGCUGGGACUGGGAAGCUGACUGUAGCCUGGAGGAGCUCUCCAGCCCCAUGGCAGACAUUGCUGUGGAAUUGCUCCAGAAGGCGGCCCCCAGUCCUAUUCGCCGACUCCAGAAGAAAUAUGUAGCCCAUGUGUCGCGGGAGGCAUGCAUCUCCCCGUGUGCUAUGAUGCUAGCUCUGGUGUACAUUGAGCGGCUCCGGCACCGAAACCCGGACUACCUACAGCAUGUGUCUUCCUCUGACUUGUUCCUGAUCUCCAUGAUGGUGGCCAGUAAAUACCUCUAUGAUGAAGGGGAGGAGGAGGAGGUCUUCAAUGAUGAAUGGGGAGCGGCAGGGGGUGUGGCUGUGCCCACUCUUAACGCCCUGGAGAGGGGUUUCCUGAGUGCCAUGGAUUGGCGUCUCUACACUGACCCUCGGGAGAUUUUUGAGGUGCUGAGCUGGUUAGAGAGCUGUGUGGCUGAGCAUCAGGGACGGCGACGGGGCUGGUACACCUAUACAGACCUGUGUGUGCUGCUGGAGCAGCCAGCCUGGCAGCUGGCCCUGGGCUCCUUCUGCCAUCGGCUGGCAAAGCUGUCCUGCCUGUUAGCCAUAGCAUAUGUGAGCAGUGUGGCCCUGGCUGUGGCAUCGGUGGCUGUAAUACACCAGUCCUUGGGACUGUCCUGCAGCCCUACCCCUGGUCCCCCGGACCUUGGACUGGCCUCCAGACGCCUCUUGGAACCCUGCAUACCUUCUCCUGUGACACAGUGCCUGCCGUCUCCUGCUAAUGUUUCCAGCUGCCUGGAAGGCGAUAUACGGCUGCACUCACUCUGGGGCAGUCUCCUGGCCUCAUUGACCCCUGCCCCAUUGCCUCCCCGAGAUCCUCCUGCCCCUCCCACUCUUCUCCAUAACUGUCCCCUUUGCCAGAAGCUCCAGAAAGACUUGCCAACUUGUCGUGCCUGCCGCCAUCCCAACCAUACAGUGCCCACAGGGCCCCCAAACCCCUGGUACCACUCCCAUGGCUUAGCUCCACCCUGGGCCUGGAGUCCCAUGCCCUCUUUGCUCCCACAGCCCCAGCAAUGUUCCCUUUUUGGCAUCAUGGAGCUGGCCCGCCUGAAGUCUUUCAUUUUCCCGGGCUAGGUAGGGUUCCGAGGAAUGCCUGGCAAGGACUUGGGAGUCCCUGAGAACCUGGAGGAACUGCUUGAUUUAGAUCCUCUCUACCUCUCUGGGUCCUUGGCUGGUCCCCUCUUUUCCUGGGUGAGGGAGCUUAAGCAGUUAUAAGGCAGAAGACCUAAAGGUCACUUGCUCUUUUAGACCCCAGUGGCUGGCUGCUUGGCCAGGGCAGUGAUGGUGCCCUGGAAAGCCUCCAUGCAGUGACCAGGGGGCAUGUCACAGAUGGACAGAAGGAAAGCCCUUUUCUCUUUACCUCUAGACUCUUUUUAGACUAGCUUUUUAGUUCCUCGGGAUGGAAAGGCAAAGGUGGUAGAUGAGAAAUGGGGGCGGGAGGGAGGGAGUGUUGACCAGGGUCUGUGUGAUGUCCCCGAAGCCAGAGAGCCAGGGAUUGGUAGGGCCAGAGGGAGAGUUGCUGAGUGAAGGUAGGUGAGGUGGGAAUCCCACCUCUGGAUGUCCCUGGAUGUAGCCUGAAGUAGCCAGGGACUGCUGGGACCUUUAACCUUGUCCUUUGGUCUUCCAACCUUUUUAGUACCCUGCUCCUGGGCUUCCUUCUCUUCCGGUCCCUCCCUUGGGUGUUCUCACAGGCCUCUCUGGCCACCGCUUUGUAUCUGGGUUUUUCACGCUUUUGUAGAACUGAGGUUUCAAUAAACAGUUUCAGUUGCA